CUCAUCCAUUUUUUCUCUCUAUCUUCCGUCACGACCAAAACCCGAAAAAAUUCAUCUUGUUGUUCAUCUGAUUCUCGCUUCUCAUCAACAUCAGCAGGUUUUCUCGAAGUUCUUUAGGCUUCUCAUCAACAUCAGUAUAAUUUUUCAAAGAUCUUAAGCAGGCAUGGAUCAGGGUCUUCCCGUGGCAGAAGAUUUAGUCAUAGACCCAAUUGAUCAGGGAGUUGAUGACAUCACGUUUCACGGUAGAAUUGGUAACCGUUGUGUUACUACACGGGCCUUGACACUUCGUGAUGCUGCUACUCAAAAUGCCAUCCCUCACCCUUAUAUAUUAGCCGCUAUGGGUAUCAGUGGUAUGUUUGGUAAUGGUAUUAGACACUCUAUGUACGAAUGCUUUGACGAGACUCUUGCCACUUGGGGAAGGUGCCUGACAACUACUUCUGGGCAACCUAAGGCUAUGUUUAUUGAUAUUUUAUCCCAAAGUCUCUUUGCAGUGGAUGGCAUUCGGGGCUCUUUCAAUGGGUGUGCACAUGGCUAUUUGAAUGCGAGAAACAUUUGUCUGCAAUUUCUACCACAUAAACAUCCUUCUACCAUUAUUGGCGAUGAAGCAUAUUCUAAAGAUUACAGCUAUACCACCGCAGAGGUCGGUCCAAAAAUAGUCGUCAAACUAAGAGAUUUUGACGUGACUCGUGAAGGAAAUAGUGACACUUAUUUGAAGGAUUUGCAAGCGUUCGGGAGGAAUGUAAUUAAACCUUUCAUGAUAGUCGGCACUGAUAAGGGACCGAAGAUUCUUUGUGAAGAAGCUUAUGAUUUGCUUAAAAAAAUAUUUCAGACCCCAUGGGAGGGUGAUUGAUAGUCUGUUUUUGCCCGACGAGCAUAUAGCGCUUUCAAAUCGCUUGAGAGAUGACUUUGCACUGAAAGCUGCAUACAUCCUGGAACACCCAUAUUUUUGGUGUACCACCAAAAGCCUGGAGUUUUUAUGUGCCGUGGCUCAGUAUCUGGAUACAAUGUAUUAUUCACUAGCAGAUAAUUACCAAAUUAUCCAAUUCCGUACAGUGGCACCCGAAGUUCUAUCCUUAAUUAGGGAUUUGAAAUUGCUGGACGUUCAUGGCUGGAAAGGAGGUCUUCACCCAGAAAUACGGGACUUUUGUGCCAGGUCAAGGAGGCAGAGAUGAAGAAGAUACUCUUCUUGGAUUAUUAUAUUGUGUUAGAUGUGCCAAAGUUCAUUGGGGCCGUUUCGAUGAGGAUGUUCAGGAUGCUAUCGGCUCCAAAGUCGACUGCUAUGAGUAUUUUAGACUUGCUUAUCCAACGUUGGUGAUGCAUGUUUACACGUGUAUGCAAUUGCACUACAGGAGAUUGGCAGCAAUCCAUGAUGACUCGUUUCACGCUACCUUCAGGAAAUAUGUUGCUUCAGGUUUUCGUGGCAUCUAGGGCGUUUCAAAUGUGCGUAAGAGUUGCUCUUUUAUUUUGUGGAUGACAAAUAGGCAGGACAAAGAACAAAACAGAAUGAGGGUGUUUAGUCACUUCAACUUUCUAACCUCUUUAUUCUUAUGAUAAAUUGUAGUAUUUUAAUUAACAUGGUCAUUUUGCGGAGUAUGAAACAACAUCUAGUGCCCAUUGACUAGCAUUUCUUUUCUCUUUUAUAUCACUUUUCUUUUUCCUUCACUGUCCCCUGCCGGCAGACUUUGUACUAGAUUUUGAUUGCACUUCCUUCUUCUAAAGGUUGAUCUCGUUCUGCUGUAA